UUUAAUUGAAAAAAGAUAAACGUUACUUUCUAUAUCCUUCAUUUAUUGAACUUUUUCCUUCAUUUUCAUGGUUUCCAACUUCGUACUUGUCAACAACCCAAAGCUUAACAACCAUACUUCGUGAAUAACAACAGACGUCCAAACAUCGGUGAACUCCCAUAAACUGCCUCAAGGUAAACCAGUUGACACAGAGAUCGAAAAUGGCCACCAAAAAGAUCCCAUUGAAGAUUCGUUUCCUAAUCGGGGCGCAUAAAAUCGUCAGUAACACCUUUUGCCACUCCAAUCAAACCGUAAACCGCUCACUUCUCACUCUCUUCGAUUUCACGAACACUCCCGACAAGAUUCCUCGCCAUGGAGUCUCCUCUUCCGACACCCUCAUCGACGUCUCUCGAAAUCUCUGGAUACGUCUCUUCACGCCGCCCGCCGGAGACCAGGCCGGUCUUCGCCCAGUCAUCGUAUACUUCCAUGGCGGGGGAUUCACUUUCUUUACCCCUGCCUCAUUUGUCUACGACAAUUUCUGUCGCCGCCUGGUAAGGGAGCUUGGAGUCGUCGUCGCCUCCGUCAAUUAUCGUCGUUCGCCGGAGUAUCGCUAUCCAAUCCAAUACGAUGACAGUUUCGACGCCUUGAAAUUCAUUGAUGAUAAUUUCGAUAAGUGCUUCCCUUCCGGAUUUGCCGAUCCCAAGAGGUGUUUCUUAGCGGGAGACAGCGCCGGCGGUAAUUUGGCUCAUCACGUGGCGGCGAGAGCUAGUGAGCACGAGUUUCGGAAUCUGAAGAUCAAAGGCAUGGUAGCAAUACAACCGUUUUUCGGAGGAGAAGAAAGGACGGAAUCGGAGAUCCGAAAUGGCGGGUCGUCAUCAGCUCUCCCACUAAAGCGUACGGACUGGUUCUGGAAGGCGUUUUUGCCGGAGGGAACAGAUAGAGACCAUCCGGCGGCGAACGUUUCUGGCCCGAAUGCGGUAGAGAUUUCGGGGAUGAAGUUUCCGGAUACACUGGUUAUUGCGGGUGGAUUGGAUCCACUGCUGGAUUGGGAGAGAAAGUACAUGGAAUGGUUGAAGAAAGGAGGAAAAGAGGUCGAGUUGGUGGAGUACGAAAAUAUGUUUCAUGGUUUCGUGGUUUUUGAAGAGUUGACUGAAUCAUGUUUAGCUCUCGAGAAGAUGAAGGAUUUCAUUCAAAAGCGUUAGGCUUCUUCCAGCUGAAUCAGCUUUCAGGCUUCACCUACUUUAAUUAGUAUAACUAUAAAUAAUUAUGAAAAUAAUAAUUAUUAAUAGUUGUUUGAUCUCGAAAUUGUUUGCAGAAAUCUCAAUUUUUUUUUUUUUU